AUGCUAAAGAGGUUGAGGAAAGGAUUGUGGAACUAUCGCAACUUCACCCUGAUUGUCCUCACACCACUGCUGCUGCUACCUCUUCCUGUUGUUGUCGGGACGAAGGAGGCAGAAUGUGCGUUUGUGUUGCUGCUGAUGACGACAUACUGGGUGAUAGAGGUGAUUCCACUGUCCAUGACCGCCAUGCUCCCCGCCAUCCUCUUUCCUAUGUUUGGCAUCAUGACUUCUACAGGCGUGGCAAAAGAGUACUUUAAAGACUUCCACUUCUUGCUGGUAGGCGUCAUCUGCCUCGCCACAUCGAUUGAGAAAUGGGGUCUUCACCGCAGAAUCGCCCUGAGGCUUGUCACCAUGGUGGGGGUCAACCCUGCAUGGUUGUUGUUGGGCUUCAUGUCCGGUUGUGCCUUCCUCUCCAUGUGGGUCCACAACACCUCAGCUGUGAUGAUGAUGAUGCCCAUCGUGGAGGCGGUUCUCCAGCAGAUCCUGGGAGCCAAGGAGCGGGGAUGUGUCGGUGAAGACAACCCCAACCUACAGCUGGAUGAUAAUGACGACCACAUUGACAAAAUGAAAGAAAUUGUGAGUAACAGGAAGGAUCUGGAAAGUCCUGAAGAAACCUUCACUGGUGUUCAGAUACAUUCACUGCAACAGCCUGCAGCAGCUCAGGCUGCAGUGUGUCCACCUGCAGCUCCCAGUAAGACCAAGCAGGACCUCAUGAUGUGUAAAGCCAUGUGUAUCGGCAUCGCCUACUCCUCCAACAUCGGCGGCAUUGCCACGCUGCCUGGAACCUCCCCCAACCUCAUCUUCUCUGAAUACCUCAACCAGAUUUACCCAAACUGCAACUGCAUUAACUUCGGGAACUGGCUCUUGUUGUGCCUGCCCAUCAGUGUGAUCAUGCUGCUGCUCACAUGGAUAUGGCUCUACUGGCUCUUCAUUGGCUCAGACUUCAGGUUCCUGUGGCGAUGUGGAGGGGAGCAUUCUGAGAAAGAGAAGGCAGCAAGAAAAGUUAUAGAAGACGAGUACAAGUUGCUGGGACCCAUGAGCUCUCAGGAGAUCGUCACUGCGGUGGUUUUCCUGCUGUUGGUGCUGUUGUGGCUGACCAGAUCUCCAGGGUUCAUGCCUGGCUGGGCUUCACUCUUCCCCCAUCACUCAGGCUACAUCACUGACGCCACCGUAGCUCUUCUGCUGGGCCUCUCUUUUUUCAUCUUACCUGCCAACGGACCCUCCCAAAAAUAUGGUAAUUCAGAGGCCAUGAUCUCCUGGAAAGAGUUUCAGGCCUCGAUGCCGUGGAAAGUGGCCUUGCUGGUUGGUGGGGGCUUCGCACUCGCUGAAGGCACAAAGGAAUCAGGCCUAUCCCUAUGGGUGGCGAAAUUGCUGACACCUCUGGGUGAUCUGCCAAUCUUGGCCACGAUUGUCGUCGCUUGCAUCAUCGUCACCAUGGUAACAGAGGUGGCCAGCAACGCUGCCACUAUCACCAUCUUCCUCCCCAUCCUCUCACCUCUGGCUGAGGCCAUCCACGUCAACCCACUGUACGUCCUGAUCCCCACUACCCUUUGCACAUCCUUCUCCUUCCUGCUGCCAGUGUCCAACCCGCCCAACGCCGUCGUGUUCACUUAUGGACACAUCAACAUCAUGGACAUGGUGAAGGCGGGGCUUGGCGUUAACGUAAUUGGCGUCCUUGCCGUGCUGUUCGCUGUGGUGACAUGGGGUGUUCCACUAUUCACUCUGGAUACGUACCCUGACUGGGCGCCGGUCCACCCUGGUUUUAACUCAACAAUACCUUGAAGACUGGUCCCCAAGUCUGGUUCUGAAUGAGAGGCCACCAGGGGCCUCUUGAGGGAGAACAAGAUGCAUGUGCUCUCACUCACCGAAAGAUGAGAGUGUUUUUAUUUGUAGAUGGUGGUUUCUUUCCACCAACAGCACAUGCUAACAUUUAGGAGCCUCGGUUUUAAGACCAGUAUUUAGUAUAGUAGCACUGAUAAUUUAAAUCAGGAUUCUCUGUACAUAUUAAUCAUCGAAGAACUAUAAUUAAAGUAUUAUUCUGUUGUAAUUUUUAGAUAUUGGCAACAAAUCCAAUGUGUAGAUCCAAGAAUUAUGUGUCCAAAACCAGAGAUAUUUCAUUUUUCUGUGCCAUAAAACUCUGUUACUGCUGGAACUCAGUCAUAUGACAAGUUCCUCAAAGAACACAUAAUGUAGCUUAUGUUGCUAAAGUUACUUUAGCAACAAUGGAAGAAAUUAUGUGGUGUAAUGUGGGAGGUGUAGUUUGAUUUUACACCACAUUUACUGUAUGUUUCAGGCCCGGGUGCCAGCAAACAACCUCUGAUAAUCAAACUGUCCACUACCUGCUAACCACCAAACAGCAGACAGUUAGAGACCAGCUGGUAAAUAAAGCGAAACAUCCA